CGAUGGAGACAGAGCCAGAUCUCCACUCAGCGUGGGCUUGAAUCCCCAACUCUGCUUCCUCCUGGCUGUGGGGUAUCUCUGGACCCCCACGCUCCUCCAGAAUAGAGGUGGUGAGAGUGACAUGAGCUGGCAGAAGUUAAAGGCAGUGGCCCCGGGUGGACUCAGCCCGUCUGCACAACAUCUGGCAAGAUGACAGGGGGUGUCUUUUAAAUCAUCGCAAGGAGGGAAGGGCGUGCUCCUGGCAUGUAGCGAGAGGAGGCCAGGGAUGCUGAUCAACAUCCCCCACUGCGCAGGACAGCCCUCCUGCCCCGUCAUAAAGAAUAAUCCAGCCCCGCUUGGCAACAGCGCCAAGACCGAGAACUCGAGGUUAAAGACGUGUGGCGUGCGAGAUCUGGGCAUCUGGGUCUUCAGGACCCUAAAGGAGCUGAUGGCAGGGGGGUGGUCAGGGGGAAUCAGGCCUGCUGGGCCGUCCCCACCUCUUGUCCCCUGAUGUCCCCGGCGGGUGCCGGCUGCAUCUCAGGUUAAGAGGCUGAGACCAGCUCUGCUCUCUACGAGCGCCAGAAGGAAGCAGCCCCUUGGGCUGAACUGUCAGCAGUGGGCAGGAUCCUCAGUGAUUAAGAAAGUGAGGCUGCCCUGUUUUGCUCCCGUGGCUCGAGGAGAGAGAAGCUUCUCCACUGGCAGAUGAGGAGAGUGUGGCUGUGACCUUCAUUCACUCCCCCAAGGUCACACAGAUCCACCGGGUUCCAGACACCCGGGUCCCCGCUGUCACCCACCUCUCCGGGGAUGCUGGGGUUUAUGCUGACUGGAGGGUUUUGGCCAAAAACAAGCAACAGCUAAAGAAAACCCUCAGCUUAACAAUUCACUCCUUUGCCCGUCAUUUAUUGCUUCAGUAACCACUGAAUACAAGUUCCUCUCUUCUAAGAGUAGAGCGCUCCUCUGAAAUCUUUGUUAAGCUGCAGUGGCAUACAUUGAAACAGUGGUUACCCGUGGACACAGCCUACUCACAGAUGCACAAAAGAAAUGGAGAUAAAGAGCAGACACUCGCAGACAGGGGUCAAAGCCAUGGCGGCCUGACGCUGUGAUGCUGCGUGUAAUUCCCACGGAAGGCACUUGGUGGCGCCAGUCGCUGCUUGGGGCUCACCCUGCUUCUAUAACGGCUUGUUAUAAAAUAAAGGCUGAAUGCAGCUGUUGCUUUUCGCCUUUUUUCAUACAAGCAAAAGUCCUCUAGAUUUCUUUCUGUUAGAGAAAACGGGUACUAAUGUAGGUCUUUCAUAAAAGCAAAGUGGCUUGAGGCAAACUUUUGAAAACAGGAAAUUCUGUGGCUGUCACAGGUGAAAUUAUACUUUGUUAGACACGCACACAAAAUGCAUGGAUCUAAUUUUUUGGUCAUAAAUAAAGUGACUGUCAUGAUCGUCUUUAUCCCUAUUGAGGCUGAGAGCUGGACCCUGGAGCAGGCCAGCCCCUCCGCCUCCUGUCUGCUGUGUGACCCUGGGUAAGUGACUUCACCUCUCUGAACUGUCUUCCCCUCUAUAGAGUGGCGAUCACAAUUCCUCCCCUCCAGGGAGCUGCAUGAGGACUGAACACGCUCACGAAGCUGGCCCAGUGCCUUGCACAUAGUAGGUCUCCUGUACGUGAUCACUGUCGUCCAUAGAUGCCUUCUCUAUGAAGAAAAGGCAUCUUUGUUGGGUCUGUUACCAUGUCUUGUGGAAAUGUGUGGAUGGAUUUACACCCACCUUGGAGGGGAUGUUCAGGGUGAUCGGACUUAAAUUUUAGGCCCCAUGGCACAGGGGAAAAUUGAGAAAUUCUAGGGCUUGGCGCUUUAAGAACUGGAGCCAUUCUGAGGGUGUCACACACCCCAAAAAGAAGAUGCUGGCACUGAGAAGCCAGAGCAAGGAAGUUGGGGGCACUAACAGCUUGGUGCUGCGGGUCUCCCUGGGAGGCUGACACGGUCCACCUGCCCCCAGGAAGUCAUCAGAGACCACGGCUGAGGAUACAGGCACGGGGGCCUCCCCGGGCCUGCUAUUGAGGUGAAGUGGCGCGCACGGAAUUGGAUGGACAGGGCGCUGCCUCAGCAAGCCGGGAUGUGCUGGGCUGUCAGAAAGCACCCAUAAAUAGGGCAGUCCCAGUGGCAGCGGACUGAGUCUGCAGACGGCGCCGGCCCCCUCCUCACGGCAACGGCAACAGGUGCACUCCGGGGGUGCGGGGACAGGGAGGCCGGCCCAGACCUGGGCAGCAUCCAGGGGAGGAGGCGUGCAUGGCUGGCCCCCCGCACCAGCCGGGGAUCCACGUGAGGGCUGGAGCUGGAGGGAGGACUCAGGACGGCCCCCGAGCCAGCCGGUGUCUGACGGGGUGGGCAGGGUUGAGCCCUGGGGUGUGAGCUUAGGGCACGGGCCUGCAGAGACUGAGCACCACUGAGGAAGGGGAGUGGAUAAAGUGGGGGGCUGGCACCUCUGCUGAGAGACCUCUCUGACCUGGCCCCAUUUCCAGGGCCUGCUUUUUGAUGAGGCUGGACACAGGGAGGCAGACAGCAUCGCUGGGCCUGUGUCCUGAGUAUAAGGGCCAUGCAGCCCGCCCGCUCCCAGGAAUGUAGCAUGUGGCUGUGGUGCCUUCCGGGCCUUGGCGGGGGGCAUCUGAAAUGGGCAUGUGUGUGUCCCAGAGAGAGAAGCUGGAGGCUGUUUUUGUGCACCAGGUGGAAAUUGACCAUGUACAGUAACCAUGGGAGCGUGUGUGUGUGUGUGUGUGUGUACUCAUGGGUGUGUUUAUAAACAGGAGAACAGUCCUGACAUUAGGCAGACCCUUCCACAUAAGAAUUCAGGUCCAGCGGGGUGUGGCACCAUCCCUAGGGAUGAAGGGGUGCCGUCUGUCUGUCUGUGUCUCUUUAAGUGGCUGCUAUACGGUGAGUGCUCUGUAAACGCACGUGGGAUGAAAACAAGCUGACCGGGUGUCCCAGGGCCUGCUCUCCAGCAUCUUGCUUUCUCUAGACAUCUGUCCAUCUGUUUCCCACUAGUCCCUGGUCUCCUGUUCCUCUCAAUCACCCAGCCCAGGGCAAAGGACCGACUCGGUUCUCUUGGACUCUUUGGCAAACGAAGGAAUCGGUGAAUGGAAGCCUACUGCCUGGGGGCGGAGGUGGGAGUGAUCCUAGCAGAGGAGGCUCCCCGAGGCCCGUCCCCCACCCCUGAGCAGAGUCUGGGGGUGUAGUGUUCCCCCAAAGCUCCGGGGGAGGGGGAAGGGCACGGGCUUUGGAGCCCCAUCCCAGCCCCGCCUCCCUGGCCGUAGGGAUUUCCGCCUGUAAAAUGGGUAUCCGCCUCCCCCUGACUGUCCCAGGCCCUGUGGGCCACAGCAGAUCCUUGGUGGGAUGUUUGCUAAAUGACCGAAGGUUGGUUGUGAGCACUGACCACAUCCCACGUCUCAGAGGCGGCCGAGUUCUGGAGCUUAUCCUUGACUCCAGGCACGUGGGUUCCCCCCAAGCACACCUGGUGACUGUUUGUUUUGAUCGAAGCCACAGGGGUUCCCGCGGAGAUGGCAGAGCAGCACAGCACACCAGAGCAGGCUGCGGCCGGCAAGAGCCAUGGCGGCCUCGGGGGCGGCUACAAGGUGAUCGUGUACGAAAUGGAGAACUUCCAGGGCAAGCGGUGCGAGCUCACAGCCGAGUGCCCCAACCUGACUGAAAGCCUGCUGGAGAAGGUGGGCUCCAUCCAGGUGGAGUCCGGCCCGUGGCUGGCGUUUGAGCGCAGGGCCUUCCGUGGGGAGCAGUACGUCCUGGAGAAGGGGGACUACCCUCGCUGGGACGCCUGGUCCAACAGUCACCACAGCGACAGCCUCCUGUCCCUCCGGCCCCUGCACAUUGAUGGCCCGGAUCACAAACUGCAUCUCUUUGAGAACCCAGCUUUCGGCGGCCGCAAGAUGGAGAUAGUGGACGAUGAUGUGCCCAGCCUCUGGGCUCACGGCUUCCAGGACCGUGUGGCGAGCGUCCGGGCCAUCAACGGGACGUGGGUUGGCUACGAGUUCCCGGGCUACCGCGGGCGCCAGUACGUGUUCGAGCGGGGCGAGUACCGCCACUGGAACGAGUGGGACGCGAACCAGCCGCAGCUGCAGUCCGUGCGCCGCAUCCGCGACCAGAAGUGGCACAAGCGAGGCGUGUUCCUCAGCAGCUGAAGGGCGCCCAGGCCCCAGUGGCCCAGGCCCGCCCCGGGGGGCAGCAAAGGCAAGAAGAGGAGGCUCCAGGGCCGGGGUGAGGGCCUGCCAGGCCACCCUUCCCCCCAAUCUGCUCAAUAAAGCCUGGGGCCGGCCCCCCACCUGCCAUGCUCCUACGCGUCACUGCUUGAGGGGCGGGCCCCGGGGUGGAGCCGGGGAGGGGCAGGGCGAGGGAGGCUGCGGCGGGAAGGUUCUGAGAGCCCUAAGGGGGCACUCCAUGCCCCCGGUUCUCAUCAGGCGAGCCCUGAUCAUGUGUCUGUCCGCCUGUGUCUCCAUCUGGCAGUCUGUCCAUCCAUCCAUCCUUCUAGUCUUCCUUCCGUAUUUCUAUGUUUUCUUCUGUCCAUUGGUUUAUCCAUCCUUCCUUCUACCCACUCAUCUUUCUUUCCGUUCCUGCAGUUCUUCUUCCCUCCGUCCUUCCAUCCGCUAUUCAUUCAUCCAUCCACCCCUCCCUCCAUUCAUCUAUCCAUGCAUCCACCCUUGCGGCCACCCUCUCACCCAUUAAUCCAUCCAUCCUUCUUGCCCAUCCACCUGUCCAUCAUCCCCCCUCCAUCUCUCUGUCUGUCUCUGUUUUCUUUAACAUAUUCGACAAGUGCCAGGCCCUGUUCAAGGCCUGAGGUCACAGCAGAGAACUGAACAAAAGUCCCGCCCUCAUGGAGCUCCUCUUCUAUGAGAAAGCUCGAACAUAAGUGUACAAGUUUGACCAUAACAUCAGGAGGUGGGCAAGGUUAAGGACAAGAAAGCAGGAUUCAAGGAUGCAGGGUGAUGGGGUGGGUGGUCAGAGAACUCCACUCUGAGGAGGUGACAUUUGAGCUCAGACCUAAGUGAGCUGGGGGAACAUUCCAGGUGGAAGGAGAACAGGCUUUGCAGCUGAGUGUUGGAGACACAGCAAUGGGAGGCCAGUGGGUCUGGAAUGUGUUACCUGAGAGAUUGGGGGCGGGUGGUCAGAGAGGG